GACGGGGGUUGUAACUUUAUUGCGACACGUUUUCAUGCAAUGUAGCGCAGUUCAUUCCAAGUAAGUUCCAGGGAAUAGUGCUAAUUUUGUAUUUAAAUGACAGCAGUUCAACUAGACUUUUCACCUGAGUGGCUUCACGUAGUGGUCCUAAAGUUACUUUUCAGAAACUGAUCUGUAUUUUGUUUUGAGCCACUCACUGUAGCUUAUUUAUCUCAUUUACAUGACAAAUAAUCUACGCUUUUCAAGUUUCCUUUAUGUUAGGAGAACUAUUAUGGGGCUUCUAGUUAAGAGGAAUGGAUUGGAAGUGAAAUCCCAGCCAGCAUUCACUUUGGGAGCUCUUUGAAACUUUCAGGUUUAACCCGAAGCUACUUCGGGCGCACAAAUAUUUUACUUGGCCGCUAGCAUUUCAUUGACUUCUAUCGCAUAAACACAUGUAGCACACAAACGUCAUAUAUUCAGAUAAAAAUAUUACGGACUAGGCCUUCUCAUCACUUGGGAUAUGGGUUAUUACAAAUCUUCGGGUGCACUACAGAUACUUUGGGUACUUUGGGCGCAUUGCAGAAACUUAGAACGCACUUCGUGACUUUUGACACUUUCGGGGGAUAUCGUGCGUCUCCCGAUAUGUGCCCGAAGUAAAAUGCUCGCCCGAAGCUAAUGCUGGCUGGGAUAUGCGUCAUUUAUGUGACGUGAAAAUUACAACGCGUGCACUAACAAUUAAAUAAAGUAGUUUUUAAGUUGUAUUUGUUGUUAAAAUUCUAGUAAAUACGCAACAGAUGAUUAAAUCCUGUUUCCCACCAUCAAGUUGAUUCGCAUUGUUCAGCGUGUAGCAGUAGCAAAUCUAGAGAAGUGAGUUUAAAGAUUAGUCUAGUGGCAACUGUGUAGAAGAAUUGUAAAAGUAGGGAGCUGCUGCACUUUCCUGUCAUUUUAGCCAUGUACCAUGAUAUCUUUUUUGUCUGCUCUCUUUUGGAUCUAUUUAUCACGUCAUGAUUAUCUGGUGGACACUAUGUAAGUCAUUCGCUGAUAUUCGUACAAGCUAAAUAUAAGUGGUUACCUAAGCCCUUUUGCAUAAAUAUUGCCUCACUGCAAUAUUUUCUGAAUCCUCGCAUUAUUAACCAUAAACAUUUAGAGCACACGUGAGGGGGAGAUGCAGCUUAUGGGCAUAGGAACUUUACUACCGAGAAGUAGAUCGUAGCUUGAACUCAGCUGCCACCACUUAGGCCAUGGAAACCACUUACUAAAUAAGUCCUCGAGCAACAAAUGUAGCUCUAGUGCUUAAAUAUAUACUGGGUGGAGUUGCGUUACUUUUAAUGAAUCCAAUAUAUGUACUAGGUUUGACAAAUAACUUUUUAUUCAGAUCGUCAGCAAACGCAUCAGUAGCUCAUUGUCGUACGAGGUAACUGCACAUCAGCAGAAUUACAUAGUUCUCAGAAGUCCAUAUUAAUUUGUGGGUUAUCUAGGAACGUAUAUGAAGCAAAAGUAAAUCCGUGGUUUUGAUUGGUUUCGUUUUCAAAUCCAGCCCAUUUUUCAGGUCUAUGAACCAAGUUCCUCCUCCUCAAGAAUCAGCUAAUGAAGUAUACGCAGCAAAUAAUGCAGAUUCCUCAAGUCCAUUGGAUAAAGAUACCGGUAUUCUCUCAGCCAGAUGUUCAAGCAUGGUCUUUUCUUUACCACCUGCGAACAAAUAUGUUACAGGAUCUAAUGCUUCCAUUCAUAGUCUCCCUUUCGACAUACUGAUUGAAAUUUUUAAACAUUUGCCAGUUUCUGACUUACUACACAAUGUUCCAGCCGUCUGUCAACUAUGGUAUAAUGUAUCUCACACUCCUCUUCUUCGAACUCGCCUAGCCUUACGCCGUCAGAUACCAUCGGAAUUAAUUGUCAGAGCUGUUUCAAGCCGACCAAUGCUUCGAGUUCUGCGUUGCUCAGCACUUGAACAUGCUGAGUCUGUUCUUGCCGAUGCUAUUAAGCUUUGUCCCAUGCUGACUUGUCUUGAUAUAGGAUUUAGUGCUUUGAGUGAACGAGCGACAGUUAUCCUAGCAAAUAAUCUUCCGCCUACGUUACUUCAUUUAAAUGUUGAAGGAGUAAACACAAUUGAGGUUGACUUCAUCACUAUUCUGACACUAAAAUGUCCAAGGUUAGAAGCAUUGAACUUAUCCCAUUGCGUUUCAGUGUGUGAUUUAUGCGUUAAAAUAAUUUCAGACAAACUACACAAUUUACGUCGUCUCAACUUAGAUGGUGUUCUAUGGAUUACGAACGCUGGAAUUUUACAUUUGGCCAACAGUGAAGCUGUACGCAAUGGUAACCUAAGUGCUAUAUGGCUUGAUGGUUUCGAAUUGUCAAAUUCUGGAUUGAACGAGUUUAUUAUUCGCCUGAUGCAUGCUUCAAAACACAUAUCAGAUCUUGAAAAUAGUGUUUACCGUGAAUCUGAUAAUCAUAUUUUGGGGAUUCAACAGUUAUGGAUUAGUUUUUGUGAUCAUAUUGAAGAUGAGGCGAUUAAGUCUAUAGCUAACCUUUCAAAUCUUGUUGCGCUUACCCUGAGAAAGACGCAUCAAGUUUCGUCCGUUGGUUUGAGUUCAUUAUUUACCUCCGAAAGCCCCAAUCAUUUAAGCCAAAGACUAAGUUUGAAAUAUCUUGAACACCUGGAUUUAAGUGAAGCACCUGGUGUUAAUGAUUCGGUAGUGUUGGAUAUUUGUAACUGUUGCGGUAAUUAUUUACGAUCGCUCAGCUUAAACUGGUGCUGGGAAGUAACUGAUAUUGGGGUUGACCAAAUUAUUGAUACAUGCUUCUCUUUGCGUCAGUUAAGCCUUAUUGGAAAUUCCACUAUACAAGGGAGAGCUUUUUCUAAGAUCCCACUAAAAGUACUCCAUUUAGCGAUAUUAAAUCUAACUCAAUGUAACCAUAUUGCAGAUAAUGUGCUUGAAACACUUGCACUUAAAAUGCCAAAUUUAUUUGUGUUUGAUUACUUUGGUGAGCGUGUCGGUGGAGGACUGAAUGAUAUUUGCCACUUUGAUGUUUCUAGAGCAUUGAAUAAAGUGCCAAUAUGUACUGAUUGAUUAAAUAUUGUGAAUCUACAUUGAGUGACUUAAGAAGUACUAUUUUACACUAACUCUACUAGUUGUGAUUCUUACGAAUUAACUGUGACAAUUGCAUAAAAAAAAUAGUUAUCAGAAGGAUUUUUAGUUGUAUAAAAGAUUGAUCAAUUCCAGUUUUUGCCACUAAUUUUUCUGUUAUAUACAGGAAUACAUUUAUCGCCAACUUAAUAUACAUUGAUGAAUUAGACUUAAUUUUUAUUUUCUAGACUUUUUCCCCCGUAAAUUUAGCAAUGUGCAAAUGCAUCAAGGUCAUAUUCGAAAACAAGUUUUUGUUGUUAAUGUUAUUAAAACAGAUUAAUUAUCAAUCUAGUUUUGAAUAUUGUACAAUUUAGUUAGAAGAAGUAAUACUCUUUUGCAGUUGAAGUUUACAUGACUAACUUGUUUUGUGUAGUUAACAUUUUCUAUUUCAUUUUUAAGUUUGACAAUUAUUUGUAAUUUGUAUCUUCUGUGAUUUAUGUUUCAGCGCUUUCUAGAGCUAUUAUGCAUAAUAAUAAUAAUGAUAAUAAUAGUGUUUUUACCCAGAAAAAAUUCAUAUUGACC